AUGCAUCAGCUGUUCAAACUGGUCUUGGGACAAAAAGACCUUUCACGAGCCGGAGACCUCUUCUCCUUAGAGGACUCUGAGAUUGAAGACAGCUUGACAGAAGCUUUGGAGCAGAUCAAAAUCAUUAGCUCAUCUUCAGAUUACCAAACCAAUAACAAUGACCAAGCAGUGGUUGAAAUCUGUAUCACGCGAAUUACAACAGCCAUCAGGGAGACAGAGUCGAUUGAAAAGCACGCAAAGGCCCUUGUGGGGCUCUGGGACUCCUGCUUGGAACAUAACCUGAGGCCCUCUGGGAAAGAUGAAGACACUCCCCAUGCAAAAAUCGCAUCUGAUAUCAUGAGUUGCAUUUUACAGAAUUACAACCGCCCCCCUGUGAUGGCAUUAGCCAUCCCCAUUGCCGUGAAAUUCCUCCACAGAGGCAACAAGGAACUGUGCAGGAAUAUGUCCAACUACCUGUCCCUGGCUUCAAUUACCAAGGCGGACCUCCUGGCUGAUCACACAGAGGUUAUAGUAAAGAGCAUACUCCAAGGGGGAUAUCGUACUUCAACUGGCCGGACUUGGGUCCUGAGCCACGCUCAGAGCAGGAGUUCGUAG